ACUUUCAAGUGACGUAGAUGUGAAGUUAACAAAAUGAGACAGUAAAAAAUGCCGACUGUGCUGCUGUUGACUGCCAAAACAGGCAGUGUGGAGAAAGCGAGAAGACGUUUCAUUUGACGUUGCGGCUCAACGAAUUGAAGUCUAAAAGCUCAGCAGUAUUAGGUAUUCCCGAUAGUGGGCGGGAUCUGUAUCACCUACACAAAAGAUGGCAGCGCUGCUACCGCCGCCAGGAAUUUGAAUUUUCGACUGCCAGGUUUCCAUUCAGCCGGCCUGAUAUAUUGAAACAAUGGCUAACAAAUAUGAAAAGAGAAUUUUGGACACCCAGUAAAAGAUCUGUUUUGUGCUCUGAUCAUUUUGAUAGCUGCUGUUUUGACAAGACUGGUUGUACAACAAGAAUAAGGAGUGAUGCAGUCCCAACAGUCUUUACUUCAGCUGUCAGUGAACCGAAGGAAAGUAAGAUGGAAGCUAAAAAAAAGAAGAAAAAGGAAUUGCUAGAUCCUGGCGAGAAUGAAGCACCAACCUCUUUUGAAGCAAGAUAUAGUAAGAGAAGACGUACACAAAAGCUGUGUGAUCCAGAUUUUGUGUAUGAAGAAACUUUUACCAAAAGACCACGGAUGAGUCCACAACAUCAGGCGGCUGUACGUCAGAAAGUUUCACUCCAGAAACUUCCAAGAACUAAGUUAAUGACUUGUAAUACUCAAAAACAUCAUCUAAAAGAAAAUUCAUCUUCAGUUCCAAGUAAUAUAAGUGUACAUGAAACAAGCAGGAACCUAGAGAAGGAUGACUUGGAGCAAGUAAAUCAAAUUUCUGCUUCACUCCAUAAGAUAACCUCAAAAGACAAAGUCACACAUUUGCCAAAUAAUUUUAUUCACUUUGAGUUUGCUACUCCAAGAAGACAAGUCAUUGUAGAGCUAAACUCAAAAGUUGAAAAUUCAGGACUUCGAUGUAGCUCUCUACUUGAACUUUUAAAUUCAUUGAGAGAAGAAACUUACUCACUACUGAUGGUGAAGAUUUGA